AGAAGAGCCGCCUCCAAACUCCCAACGCCGCUCCUCCACAACUCCACUUCACCGCUGCUGCUGUUGUUGUUGUUGCUGCUGCUGCUGCUGCUGCUUAUAUACUGCUCGCAGACCAUUGAUCUGUUCUUAUCCUCCUCUACAAGUACAUACCGCAAUGCUGUGCACCCGCCUGCCAAUCACCCCGUCCGCCCGCCUCGACGCGCGUGUGAUCUGCCGCCUCAUCCUGCGCUCCUCGGCCCCUUCCCUCCCCUGCAGCCUCCGCCACGCGAGCAACAAAGUCCGCAAGCAGAACCGCAAGCAGGGCACUUCUGCCUCGACCAUCGACUUCCGCCCAAACACCACGCCGCCGCCGCAGAAGCCGGUGUUUCCGAACAUGCCGCAGCCGGUGCGCGUGAAGAGGGGGCAGUCUGUGCGUGCGCCGCAGGAGGAGUCACGUCGGGAGAAGAAGCAGAUGGCUGCUGCUGCAGCUGAGCAGGCUGCGGACAAGGAGGACGUCGAGGACGACGAGACGGUGCUGUUUGAGCUGGCGGUGGAUGACAGGGUGGUGCCUGUCCAUCUGCCGUUUGAGAAAUACGCGAUUAUUUUCAAGACGGCGAUUCAGAACGCGGCGAAGCAGAUGCAGAUGACGGAGAUGGGGUUGUAUGAUGCGAUGCACGAUGACAAGCGUAAUCAGAGUGUUGCUGAGGACGCGAGGGCGAGAUCUAGAGUGUUUUAUAUGGCGCUGCAGGAUGCGGCGAAGCAGGUGAUGAUGGCGGAUUUUGAGGAAGCCAAGAAUCAGGUCAAUCAGAGUGCCGCUGACGAUGCAAAGGCUGAUGCGAAGGCAGACGCAGAGGCAGAGGUAAAGGAGGACGCAAAGGCAGAGGCAAAGGCAGAGCCGAGCAAGACCGAGGAGGCCAGCAAAAACGCACCGAGCGCGGAGAAAGCACCGAGCUAUCUCGGCAUCCCGACGUCCUAUCCGUCGCCGGAUGAUCCGCUCGUGAGCUCCGUCGAUCAGCAGGGCAGCAGCAAGUCUUCAGACACCAACAAAGAUGGCGGGCGAGUACGGCCUGCGCAGAGCGUGUUUGCAAAGUACAGGUACGGAUAUGUGCUGUACCUCGGACUUGUCUCUGGCGCGUUUGGCCUCGGUCUUGGAGGCACGGCAUACUACGUCCUCAAGCAGUACGAGGACAGCAAGGGCGGCGCGCGGAGCAUGUCCCCAGCAGCCGACGACGACGACGAGUGGAUCAGCGGCGGCGGCUCGCGUCGCCAGCGACACACCUACCCUGUCUCGACCACUAUCGCGAUCCUAUCGACGCUCGUGUUUGCCUGCAAACUGUCAUUCCCGAGCCUGCGCAAGACACUCGUCAAGUACGGCUACGUGAACUUACCAAUCUUCAGCUUCACCGCCCGGUCGACCGCCAACACGCCCAAACUCUCGCUCGUGCUCGCGCACUUUAGCCACCGCACGCUCGCCUCUUUCCUUGCGUCCACGCUCGCGCUCGUCUGGCUCUCGCGAGAAACCGAGUUCCUCGUCGCGCCCUCCGCGCUCGGCCCCGUGCUCGGCGCAGGCCUCGUCUCCACCACCGUGUCCGCCGCGCUCCUCCCUCGCGCGCUCGCGGGCGGCAACCAACUCUUCCUCAGAGCCAUCAACGGCUCCUCCGGCCUCGCCUGCGCUGUCCUCGGCUUCCUCUCGACAUUCGAAGACGCCGGCGACGUGCCGCACUACGUCUUCCUCGCGAUGCUGGGACUCACGGGGUUUAGAGUUUUGGCAAAGAGCAAGUCUGUCGAAGCCGCGGGCGCGUGCGUGCUGAGCGCGUGGGAAUUGGGCGGAUUGGCCGGCGGAUGGGCGGUGGGCAAGGCGCCGGACAUGAUGCUUUUGGCGCGAAAGAUGGUGAGUGGGGAUACGGCUUGGGCGCAGCAGGAACAGCAUCUUUUGUAUAGACGGGCGUUCUGGGGUAUGCGAGCUGACGAGUGAUUUUUUGCGUUGUGUUUAUGAUGAUUUUACAGUGUGAUGAUUCUACAGGACUGCGGGGUGGUGCAAUGGAGUAUUAGGACGGUGGAGUUGUGGGGACAGGUAGUUGAAUUAAGAUAAGAUAAGAGCCAUAUGACAAUUCCCCUUUUCGGAUGCUGCAGAGCAGUCUAAAGUUGUG